AUGGCUAUUUUCUUCCACAUCCGAGUGUCACAAGGUGGGGAGAACUGCUAUAACAGCAGGCCCUUGCUACCACGUCAAACUCUCAUUAAUUUCAUUCCUAGGUUAUCGAUUUUGUCCAAACGCCACCCAAUCGACAUGUCUUCAUCAUCCGUCUCGCAAGCAAACCGUCGUAGCACUCGUCCUUCUCCAGCUAGAAAGCAAUCUCAUAUGAUAACAUUACCCAGAGAUUCUCGACGUUCUUAUCAACGCCGUGAAGAUAACGAUUCCGAAUCCGACGUUUCAGUUCUUACAAGUACUACUGCUCGUAAGAAACGAAAGCGAACUCCAUCAGUCAUUGAGGACAACGGUGAUGACUCUGAAUCUGCUGUUGACUCAAGCCUCCCACCACCAAUCAAGAAAACCUCUCGCCAGGCAUCCAGAUCCUCAAAGAUUAAGGAGGCAUCCAAGAAGACUUCAAGAGGUUCCAAAACUACCAGCCAUUCCAAAAAACAAUCCCGCUUACCUACCUCAAGCUCUGUGAAGCUUCAAAUCGACCUGGUCCAGGACUCUGACGAGGAGAACCGCAAGGUUGUCAAGGAAUCCCAAGUUGUGAACGACUCUGACGACGAUGAUCGGUACGGUCCUGUGCAAGAUUACUAUGAAGAAGCGAAGGAAGGUCCCAAAGAUGUGUCUUAG